AUGUCGACUACCGGGUUGGAUGAAACGCAUCCAACAGACCUAGGCGUGUCUAUGCCUAAGGAUGAAGAGGCAUCACCGUCGAAUGAUGUAGUGUAUCGUCAUAAGUUCCGAAUAUUCAUUUUAAUGGCUAUAUUAGAAUGUUUCGUGAACUUUGACGUAGGGGCAAUGACGGUAAUGUUACCGUGGAUACAGGAACCUUAUAGCCUGUCAACUACGGAUUUAGGUCUAAUAGGGGCCCUACCAUAUGUUGGUCUGAUUACUUUGAGCCCUUUCAUCGGCAUAAUUUUUACAUUUUUCAAGGCGCGCUGGGUCAUAGUGACAGGACUGAUCGGCAAUAUAUUAUCCCUGUCUCUAUUUGCAGUUGCCUAUAAUAAGGCGAUGUUUUGCGUUGGGCGUUUUUUAGUAGGUGCUACUCAAUCAUUUUUCAUAGUCUACGCACCUGUGUGGAUCGGCUGUUUUGCCCCGGAGGUCCACAAGAAUUUAUGGAUGGCCAUAUUACAGGGGUCUAUCGUAGGUGGUUUUAUGGUUGGCUAUCUUGUUACCGCCAUUUCGGGGUCACUAGGUGAGAGUGGAUGGCGGUACAGUAUUGCAUCUCAGAUGGGUAUUAUCGCAAUAUUAGUUUACGCCUUUUUGCUCAUGCCAAGCGAAUAUAUUAACCUUUCUCACACGAUGGAGCCUGACGAAGAGAGCGCGGAAUGUACCACAUCGUCAUGGUUACUAUCCCCGCGUGAAAGCUCUGAAAAUGGCUCAGUUGCUGGUGAGCAACGCGAUGGCUCUAUAGUGGGUCUUGACAGUUCUUCUAAGGUUCGGAUAGAUGUACAACAUCGUCGUGGCAGCUCAUGCGAGUCAAAAUCGAUUCGUGAUAGCAUAACGCGGUCGUAUUGUUAUCACACGGCCGCUGUACCUAACCUGACUACAUGCCUUAAGACGAAGAAGCUGGAUAUAAUGUCGUUACCAAGCAUAAAGAAGAACGCAUCGUAUUAUGAAUGGCGUCGCAGUAGCCAUAUUAUAGUGCGUAAUAUUCCCGAAUCUGCGGAAGGUUCUGAUGUUGUUUAUACGCUAGUUUCUAGUUUCAUGAAGAUCCUUAGUGACCCCUAUUUCUGUUGUUCUACACUUUCUAUUUCUACACUGUUUUAUAUCCUCACAGCCAUCCAGUUUUGGACGACCAAGGUUUCCGUGAGUGUCUAUGCGGUGAACCCGACCCUGAUAUACACGCUGUUCAUUGUCACAUCUAUAACGGCGCCAGUUAUUGGUGUUAUAGCGGGAUCGUGGGUUAUUGACAAGAUCGGUAUGCGUUAUCCUACUAAGCCGGUGAUUGUCGAUUUGGUUAUUCUAUCAUGGACCUUGAUAGCGAUUGUUAGUGGUGUAUCUGCUAUAUUGUGGUUUAAUUUUUAUAAUUUGGUAGCUUGUAUUUGGGUUAUUCUGUUCUUCGGUGGCGGGAUGCUGCCACCACUAACCCUGAUAACUAUAGACAAUGUUCCCGAGCGUUUGAAGCCUUUAGCUUCUAGCAUUUGUAUGUGUUUGUAUCACAUUUUCGGGUACAUUGGCGGGACUAUGGUGCCUGGUGUAGUGAUGGAUAUUACUAAAGAUGACGCUUAUGCUAUCUACGCCACCUACAUUCCUGCGAUUCUAGGGGCGCUGGGCGCCGUGGGUAACGUGCUCGCUCGUUACCGAGAUUCAAGAAAGAAUCCUAAUCAGAACGUUAGCGAAACUGUUUAA